CUCACCCGGAGCCUCCUCUCUCAGUCUGCCCCAGACUCCGCACAGGCACACACUCCUCAGACAGGAAGGUGAUUGACUCUGGGUCAAAAUGACCGAGCGCUACGACUGCCACUACUGCAAGGAGUCCCUGUUUGGGAAGAAAUAUGUCCUAAGAGAGGAGAAUCCCUACUGUGUGAAAUGUUAUGAGAGCCUGUACUCCAACACCUGUGAGGAGUGCAAGAAGCCCAUUGGCUGCAACACCAGGGACCUGUCUUACAAGGACCGUCACUGGCAUGAGGACUGUUUCAAGUGCUUCCAGUGCAAGCGCUCACUUGUGGACAAGCCCUUCUCCACCAAAGAUGAACAGCUCCUCUGCACUGAGUGCUACUCCAAUGAGUAUUCCUCCAAGUGCCAUGAGUGCAAGAAAACCAUCAUGCCAGGCUCCAGGAAGAUGGAGCACAAGGGGAACAGCUGGCACGAGACCUGUUUCACUUGCCAGAGAUGCCAGCAGCCUAUUGGCACCAAGAGCUUCAUCCCUAAGGACAGCCAUAACUUCUGUGUGCCCUGCUAUGAGAAGCAGUUUGCCAUGCAGUGUGUGCACUGCAAGAAGCCCAUCACCACUGGCGGAGUGACCUACCGUGAGCAGCCCUGGCACAAGGACUGCUUCCUGUGCACUAGCUGCAAGCAGCAGCUGUCUGGCCAGAGGUUUACCUCUAGAGAUGAUUUUGCCUAUUGUCUCAACUGCUUCUGCAACCUCUAUGCCAAGAAGUGUGCCUCUUGCACCACCCCCAUUAGCGGCCUCGGAGGCAGCAAGUACAUUUCUUUUGAGGAGCGCCAAUGGCACAAUGACUGCUUCAACUGUAAGAAGUGCUCUGUGUCCCUGGUUGGCCGUGGUUUCCUCACCGAGCGUGACGACAUCCUCUGCCCAGAGUGUGGCAAGGACAUCUAAUUUGGUCUGAGGGACGAUAGAUACAUCUGACUGGACAGCCGUGUUAUGAUCAAAAAAUGACAAAGAUACAAUAAAUAAUAUCUGAGCACAGAACAUCUUUGCAACCUAGCAUUGAAUGUACAUUGAUAUAUGACAUGAAAUACAAACUACUAACAGUGUUAUUUGGAUUCAGAGCGUUUAAAUGUUUUGAGAAAAAAGGCAUUACUAAUAAAAUAAAGAGCAACAUGUUAGAAAGACAUUGAAAGAAGCAUUUUGAAACACCAAUUCUACAUUAAUACAGAUUAUCAGCUUUGAAGUGUAAUAUUAAUAAUAUCUGCUUUGUGCAUGAACUUGCUUGAUGCUGUAAUUAGUUUGUUUUGUGAAUGAGUUCUGCUAUAAUCAAUUAAAUGUAAUAUUAAAAUAAACAGUUAAUCUUACAAAUGUUACCUGUAGAUGUGUAUAAAAUCACAUGAAUUUCAAAUAAACCCAUCAAGAAGGGGUUGAAAUGUCUUCUUUGGCAACUUUUCAGCAGGAAAUGCACACAAUUGUAAUACUGAAGUUGUGCAGUUUGGUGACUUUCUUUAUUUUUUACCCCAAUGUUCA